GUCAAGUUGGAACGGCUCCUGAUUGGCUGCUGCAGGAUCGUCGGCACUGAAGCAUCUGCGGCUCGCGCUGUGCCAGCUGUCUUCGAGCACUCGGCUGGUGCUGGGCAACGGAGAGAGGAUCCUGCUGAGGAGGGUCUGGGAACCAGGUGAAAAAGGGACAAUGGCUGCCAACACGGGGGCGAUGCGCAUCCUCAUCAAGGGAGGAAAGGUGGUCAACGAUGACUUCACCCAGGAGGCUGAUGUCUACAUUGAGAACGGCAUCAUUCAGCAGGUUGGAAAGGAGCUGAUGAUCCCAGGUGGCGCUAAGGUGAUUGACGCCUCUGGAAAGCUGGUGUUGCCGGGCGGAAUAGACACAAGCGUGCAUCUGCAGCAGACGUUCAUGAACGCCAGCAUUCAGGAUGACUUCUACAGUGGGACCAAGGCGGCUCUUAUGGGUGGUACCACCAUGGUGAUGGCUCUCGUCCUGCCUGAGCAGCACUGCUCCCUGCUGGACGCCUACGAGAACUGCAGAGCUCUGGCUGAUGCUAAGGCGUGCUGCGACUACGCUCUGCAUGUCGGGGUGACUUGGUGGGGAUCAAAGGUGCGUAAUGAGAUGGAGACCCUGGUGAGGGAGCAUGGAGUGAACUCCUUCCAGAUGUACAUGGCCUAUAAAGACAUGAUGAUGCUGAGGGACUCUGAGCUCUACCAGACUCUGCAGACCUGUAAGGACAUCGGGGCCAUCGCACGCGUCCACGCUGAGAACGGAGAGCUGGCGGCGGAGAGCGCCAAAGAGGCUCUGGAUUUGGGUAUCAGCGGACCAGAGGGUAUCGAAGUCAGUCGGCCUGAGGAGCUUGAGUCUGAGGCUACUCACAGAGCCGUCACCAUCGCCAACAGGGCUCGCUGUCCAAUCUACCUGGUGAAUGUGUCCAGUAUGGCUGCUGGAGACAUGAUCUCUGCUGCUAAGAUGCAAGGUAAGGUGGUCCAUGCAGAGACCACGGUAGCUCACUCAGUGCUGAAUGGGAUGCAGUACUACCACCAGGACUGGGCUCAUGCUGCUGCACAUGUCCUUGUCCCACCUCUCCGUCUUGACCCAAACACACCUGGGUACCUCAUGGGCCUGCUGGGAAAUGACACUCUGAGCGUUGUGGCGUCAGAGCACCGUCCAUUUAGCAUCAAGCAGAGAGCUUUGGGCAAAGAGGACUUCACGAAGAUCCCUCAUGGAGUUCCUGGAGUCCAGGACAGGAUGAGUGUCAUUUGGGAGAGAGGAGUGGUCACAGGAAAAAUGGAUGAGAACCGCUUUGUGGCAGUGACGAGCUCUAACGCUGCAAAGAUCUACAACCUGUACCCACGCAAGGGCCGUAUUAUCGCUGGGGCCGACGCUGAUGUGGUGGUCUGGGACCCCGACGCGACAAGGACGAUCUCUGUGAGCACUCAGGCCCAAGGCGGAGACUUCAACCUGUACGAGGGGCAGCGCUGCCACGGCGUUCCCCUGGUGACCAUCAGCCGAGGCCGCUUGGUGUGUGAGAACGGGGUGUUCAUGUGUGCUGAGGGCUCUGGAAAGUUCUACCCACAGCGCACCUUCCCCGACUACCUCUAUAAGAAAAUGGUGCAGAGAGAAAAGACUCAAGUUUAUAAAGGGGUUGCCAGGGAUCCGUACUCCGGUGAUGUGGCCAUGGUGGCAAACACCAUGAAGAAGGAGCUGGGUUUGGGCCCCAUGGAUGGAGAGACACCCACCAAAGGGAACUCUGUACCCCGAGCACACCAGGGGGUCAGGGACCUUCACGAGUCCUCCUUUAGCCUCUCAGGCUCCCAGGUUGACGACCACAUCCCGAAGAGGUCCUCUGCUCGGAUCCUGGCUCCUCCUGGGGGUCGCUCCAGUGGUAUCUGGUAAUCACCAGUGCUGGAGCUUCAACCGUCCGACUCUCCUUGUUUUGUAAAACUCAGAGCAACCAGGAAAACUGCACUGAUUUUCAAUCACAGGUUUAAACUUAAGAACGGAAAAUAAAUUUGGGGACCUGUCUGUGAUUGGUGAAGAACUAACUGAUGAUCAGUGAUCUGCCAAAGGAGUCUAAUUUGUGUCGUAAUUGGAGUGACCGGCCUGAUUAAUUACAAGAGAGUGAAGGGCUACAUUUGAAUUUUAAAAAUGUUUGACCAAAUUCCAGCUGAUCAUACUAACAUUGACAAAGUCUGCUCAUUAUCACCCUGCUCUUACCAACACAAACGAAACAAACUGUGAAAGUAUAAAACCAGUACAGUUUUUGAUGGUUUAUCUGAAGUGAUGUCGACUGAAUUAUUUAAACAAAAAAAAAAAGUAGAACUGGAUUCAGUGAAAUAUCUAUUAAACCCCUCUCACACACACACAACCAUACAGUUAACUUUAGACACCAUAGCUUUAGACUCAUGAAGAUGUGUGUGGAUUCUGUUUGUGAUUGAACGCCCACUGUGCUCGGCUUCCUGCCGUGCCGCGGUUUCCUCUAACAGUGUUUUUAUUUCCAAUGGAUGAACUGUGCUGUGUGGUGAUGAAAUCCAACUGCAUAUAACACCGUGUGAUCUAUCAGCUACACUCUAUAAAAAGAGUCAGACUUUUCCAUCCUUAUAUUUUCACUGCCUCUGACUGAAAAACAACACUCACAUAUCCCAGAAAACUUUCAAAGUGCUAGAAGGCUGAAGAGAAGUCAGUAGAGUUUCUUAAAUGAAAGACGGAGAGAUAAUCAGAACGCAUCAGGAAGUCAACAAGAAUCUACAAAACCUGAUUCUCUGUGUGGGGAAAAUAAGCUUUUGCACAGUCAAAACUCAAAUUGUUAUUACGCACAGUUGAUAAAUAACACCACAGAGAGCCUUGAAAGUAACACAAAUAAAUGAUUGUUUGUAGUUGCGAUUCUGAAGCAUCUCAUGGAUGUAAACUUCCUAUUUGUAGGAAACUGAAAUGGGAUUAUUGUUUGAGCAGUCUCCACAGAGCAGGAAGAUUGAGCUGCACAGUCUGAAGUAACCCACUGACCCUCUCACCUCCUAAUGAUGUCUCAUUCCUGCCUAGCAGUAUUAUAUUUAUACCCGAUCAUGUCUUCACUGUCUGUGUGCUACAUAUUUAGGAUGUUUGUUUUGUUUUUAGUUUAAAAAAGUUAAUGUGCCAAUGUGAUUCACCUGUGCCACACCCACACCCACACCUACACCCAUGCAUGAAGAGCACCACGUGGAGACAAGAGGAGCGAAACGCCACCGGUUCACAAAAAAUGGUGCUGUAAUUUUUUUUUUUUUUACGAUAA